CUGGCACUGAUCAUCCUGAAUGUCAAGUACUGAAUUUGAUAUAUUUUUUAAAGUAUUUAGACUCAAAACUAUAUCAUAUAAAUACAAUUUUAAUCACAAUCAAACUAACGGCAAUUAUUUGAACUAUUUUGAAUGUUAUUAACCCAUUAACAGAUACUUUAUGUCAAUCGAGACGUUUGAGGUUAUUUUAAAUGCGCAUACGUGUCAAAUGUUCAGCGUUUUAGAUCGUGCUAAAGACCUUGGCCCUGCAGGCAAGGAUUGGGUUUAAAAUGGCUUGGCUAUCAGGUCUUGCCGAUAAGGCAGAAAAUCUGCUUAACAAAAUAGACCAAAAUACAGCUGCUGUACUAAGUAAAGAUAAAUAUGAAAUGGAGUCGCAACAACAUCAUUCAGCGAUUACAUGGACUGCACUACCCUCUGGGGUUGUAAAAAAUGUUGGAUCGAUGUCUCCAUUUGGGUCUCCGAAACAUUUCCCAUAUACACGAUCAACACCAAAUUUGGGGUCCAUGAGUCCAGGUAAAUUAAAAGUGGAUAAAGAGGAAGAAUUGAUUACAUACUUAAAUACCCCCACUGUAUCACCAAAAAGGAAUGUUGAACUUAUGUCUUUGGCAUCACCAUCCGUUCCUGAAACAGUGAUUUUGGAACCUGCAAUAAAUUGCUCCGAUGCAAGAAUAUUGUCUAUUUCUGAUGACGAUGUGAAUUUAAAAGGGAACUACACAUCCAUAGAUGUUCCAGAUAAAGAUGUUAUUAUUCCAUUAAUAAGUGAAGGUGAAAGUGUGAAGUCACAUAAUGAAAGUGAAAGGAUGACACCUGAAACACAAUUAUUAUCCCAGAAAUUAUUAAUAAACCAGUAUGAAGGAAACUCUGCUGAAAAUGACAAAACUAUAUCGCAGGAACAUGUACAUGCUAUUAGAGUGGAAGAUGAACCAAUUUUGGGUCAAACAAAAAUUGAAACAGAACUCUUGGUAAGAAAUACUGGAGACAUUGAUUUAAACACACACCUGCAAAGUGCACAAAAAGAUCUGGAAGAAAAGAAUCUGUUACUUGACAAGCAACAAAUGGACCAUCAAAAGGAAGUGGAUGCAUUGAAAGAAAGCAUACAGACAUUGACACUUGAGACUUCGCAGUAUGUAAAGCAAAUAGCAGAAAUGCAGUUAACUGUGGAGAGAAUUAGAUCAGAGUUAAAUUCCACAAGAUCAGAACUUGAUCAGCAUCGUGCUAGAGCCCUUAAGACGUUACAGGAAAAGGAAAAAUUAAUAACAGAAUUAAGAAGUAACGUUACCACAGGAUUGGAUGAUGUCACAACAGUCAUGGAACUUGAUCAAUUACGACAAGAACGAGAUUCUCUAAGAGAAGAAAAUCAGCAACUCUGCGAGCAGUUACGGUUAGCAAGAGAAGAAUUGACCAAUGCAGAACUUAAGUUUGAAAAAAUUAGACAACAAUCGGUUGAGACUAAUAUACGAGCUCAAGAAGUAAUUACUGUAGAAAGACGUAGACGAUUGGAAGUUGAAGAAGAUGCACGAAACAAUUCAGAGGAAUUAAAAUCUCUAAGAGAGGAAUUGACGCGACAGCAAGACAGUUUCUCGCAAAAGUUACAAAAACAGCAAGCAAAUAUUUUACGAUUGCGAUCACAAUUAUCCGCGGCCUCGACACCAAACAGCGAAAUUGAAGCAAGAUUAUCAAGUCUUACUCAGACGUUGGUAGUAAAACAACAAGCGUUAGAAAGCCUAACCACUGAAAGAAAUGCCUUGCGUUUGCAACUGGAAAAGAUCGAACAUGAGCAUCGAGACGUCAUGGGAAAUAUGAGAAAGAAUUUAUUGUAUAAUAACGUAAAUGACACGGAUGAUGUAAAAGCCCAAAUUCCUCCCUUUUUUGCUGAAACCCCUUUUGAUACUGGCGUAACAAGAAGAGUAAAAAGAGCUUACUCGUCAUUGGAUGCUAUCAGUGUUCGUACAGGUGUCUUCCUCCGGCGAUAUCCAUUGGCUAGAAUUUUAAUAUUCUUUUAUAUCGCUUUACUACAAUUUUGGGUACUCAUAGUGCUUUUAUCCCAAUCACCUGAUGCACAUUAAACACAUCUGUAUUUAAAAUUGGGAAUGGCAUAAGAUGAACAAUAAGGGAUAUUAAUGAAAUGUAAGGAAUUUCAGACAUGUCCAAAUCAAGGACCAUUAUUGCACAUUGUGCAGGAGAUUAUAAUGAACCUUUGCCAAGAUAUGUCUAAUUACUUCUCUCCGUUGAAAUAAGGAGAGAGAAUUAAUCGUUGUAAAUCAGUGUAAAUAACGUCAGCUGUUAAUUGAAGGGCUAAUUAAUAAAAUCUUACGGUUUAUUCAAA